UUAGGCCGAUGAAAACAAAACAUUCUGCUGUGGCCGGUUCGGUGUGACAUAAGAGAAUUUAUUGAAUUUGGUUCUAAUGUGCCUCAUAAUUUAAUAAAUUCGUUCAAUUUUCCUAUAAAAAGCAGUAACAAAAUGUUGAACACAAGUAAGACGCUAAUAUCAGUGAGCAAGUCACAGCAAUUUGCAAGGUUCUUCUCCAUUGUGCCGAGACUGCAAAGCACUGCCAGCAGCUUGUUUUCGAAGGAGCAGUUUCGACAAAGGGAAAAUGUUGGCCGGAUAGAGAAAAUCGAGAUACGGUACCUUGGAACUCCAAAAGAUACGACUCUAAUAAUGAAUCAAGGACUCUCCACCCCACAUGAUUGUGCAAAACAUAUUGGUGAAAAGUAUUGCCGAUUAUCUGCUCUGGCACUUCUCGACAACCACACCCCUUGGGAUAUGCGAAGGCCCUUAGAAGAAUCCUGCACGCUUCAGUUGCUAAACUUCACCUCACCAGAACCGCAUUUAGCGAAUAAAGCAUUUUGGAGAACUUGUUCAUUUCUUCUCGGAGCUGUUCUACAGAAAAGCUUCAAGGAAGAGGCCGGCUUGUUCUUACAUAGCUUUCCAAAACCAAACAUAAAAACGGGCAGCUUUGUACAUGAUAUUGCGUUAUCUAAAUCAGGUUGGAAACCAACGGUUCAAGAACUGCGUGCUUUGUCAAUCGAGAUGAUUAAACUAUGCCAGCAGGAGCUACCGAUCGAACGUUUGGAUGUAAGCAGUGAACUGGCUCAGCAAAUGUUCAGCAACAACCCGUACAAACGUGAACAAAUUCCAAGCAUUUCCAGCCAGAACAAUGGAUUGGUGACGGUUUACCGGGUGGGAGACCACGUUGACAUCAGUAAAGGACCUAUGAUCAGUUCGACCAACUUGGUAGGCAAAUGUACAAUUGCUGCCGUACACGAGGUUCCCAAAGCGAAUGCGGAUAAAUUGUCACUAUAUCGUGUACAGGGCGUUGCAUUACCUGUAGGAUUAAAUAUCAACCACUUUGCUUUUGGGGUUUUGGAAGAUCGUGCGAGAAAAAUGAAUCCUGCCAAGCUGCCAAAUGAACCGUAUGAUGAAGCAGUUGCUGAACAAGUAGCUUAAAAAUACAAAACAGUCUUAUUGUAAUAAAGAAAAUCUUUGUGACAUGAUAA